AUGUGGAAGCUGGUCCCCGUGGCGGGCCCGGCCCGAGGUGAACCAUUCAGACUGUUGACUGGUGUUGAAUACGUUGUUGGAAGGAAAAACUGUGGCAUUCUAAUUGAAGGGGAUCAGUCAAUCAGUCGAAAUCAUGCUGUGUUAACUGCUAACUUUUCAGUAACCAUGCCGGUAUUGAAAACAGAUGAAAUUCUAGUAUUGACAAUAAAAGAUAAUUCUUAGUAUGGUACCUUUGUUAAUGAGGAAAAAAUGCAGAAUGGCUUUUCCCAAGCUUUGAAGACCGGGGACAGAGUUACUUUUGGAGUGUUUGAAAGUAAAUUCAGAGUAGAAUAUGAGGCUUUGGUUGCAUGCUCUUCUUGUUUAGAUGCUUCUGGGAAAACUGCUUUAAAUCAAGCUAUAUUGCAACUUGGAGGACUUACUGUAAACAAUUGGACAGAAGAAUGUACUCAUCUUGUCAUGAUAUCAGUCAAAGUUACCAUUAAAACAAUAUGUGCACUCAUUUGUGGACGUCCGAUUGUAAAGCCAGAAUAUUUUACUGAAUUUCUUAAAGCAGUUAAGACCAAUAAACAGCCUCCACAAAUUGAAAGCUUUUACCCACCUAUUGAUGAACCAGUUAUUGGAAAUAAAAACAUUGAUCUGUCAGGACGACAGGAGAGAAAGCAAAUCUUCAAAGGGAAAACAUUUGUAUUUCUAAAUGCCAAACAGCAUAAAAAGUUAAGUUCAGCAGUUAUUUUUGGAGGAGGAGAUGCUAGGUUGAUAUCAGAAGAAAAUGAAGAAGAAGAUAGUUUCUUUUCAGCUCCUGGAAUUUGUGUUGUUGAUGUAGGAGUAACAAAUUCACAAACUCUAAUUCCUGACGCUCAGAAAACAUGGAUUCACUCAAUUAUGGAUAUGCUCCAAAGGCAGGGUCUUAGACCUAUUCCUGAAGCAGAAAUUGGAUUGGCAGUCAUUUUCAUGACUACAGAGAAUUACUGUGAUCCUCACGGCCAGCCAAGUACAGCAUUGAAGAUGACUCCAGGGCCAAGCUUUUCCCAAGGCUUGUCUGUCAAUGAAAAACUAAUGCUAAGUGCCCCAGUGAACACUACAACAUAUGUAGCUGAUACGGAAUCAGAGCAAGCAGAUACAUGGGAUUUGAGUGAAAGACCUAAAGAAAUCAAAAUCUCCAGAGUGGAACAGAAAUUCAGAAUGUCUUCACAAGAAAUAUCCGCUGCAAAGGAACCCCACAAAAUAAGCUCUAAUGAUAAUAAUACAGUAUCAAAUACUCUGGUUAGGAUGAAAAUCCCAACCUCUCAGCUUUCACCAAAUAAAUUCUCAGGUGUAAAUAAAAGUAGAGAUCGGGCUUCUCAGCAGCAGACCAACUCCAUCAAAAACUACUUUCAGCCAUCUACCAAAAAACGGGAAAGAGAUGAAGAAAAUCAAGAAAUUUUUUCACCCAAAUCAGCAAGAAUAGAAAUGUCUUGUUCUCUGUUAGAACAGACACAACCUGCUCCACCCUCAGUAUGGAAAAAUAAGGAACAGUCUCUAUUUCAGAGUGAGCUUCUGGAAAAGAAACCAGAUAACUUACUUACAGAUACAGAUUUAAAAUCCACUGUGAAAAGUUCUGCCAAUGAAUCUCUUUCUGCAGACAAACUAAGAUCAGAAAAAAGAAAAGAAAUUGAUGAUUUAGCCAUUGAAGAUGAAAUAUUGGAAGAGUUACUCAACACAAAAUCAGAGUUAGAAAUUGGAGUGAAAGUUCAAAAACAAGAGGAAGAUGUCAAUAUUAGGAAAAGGCCAAGAUUGGAUAUAGAAACAAAUGGCACUUUUAAUUAUGAUGAAGCAAUAUCAGAAAGUAACAGAAUAUCUCAAGAAAAUGAAAUUGGGAAGAAAUGUGAGUUCAAGAAAGAUACACUGUGGUCAACUAAAGAAGAACUAUCUAUCAAAGAUGAGCUUCAGGGUGAUGGUGAUAUGUUUCCAAGGAAGGUGUUACUGACUGAAUUUAGAUCACUGGUGGUUAGUAACUUUACCUCCAGAAAUACACCCUGUGUAAAUAGUGAUUAUGGUCAAUUAAAGAAUUUCAAGAAAUUCAAAAAGGUCAUAUUUCCUGGAGCAGGAAAACUUCCACACAUCAUUGGAGGAUCAGAUCUAAUAGCUCAUCAUGCUCGGAAGAAUACAGAAUUAGACGAGUGGUUAAAGCAGGAAAUGGAGGUUCAAAAUCAACAUGCAAAAGAAGAGUCACUUGCUGAUGAUCUCUUUAGAUACAAUCCUAAUGUAAGGAGGAGAAGAUAACUGAGGAUUUUAUGAAGAAGUCACAGGAAAACAUUUCCAUCAAGCAUU